GACGUCAGUUUGUCAGGAAACGUCCUCUGUGCGAGUGUAAGUUUGAGGAUGCCUCGGAUCCGGAUCAAGACUCUGCGCGCGGUGAUCGAGGAGCAGCUGUCGGCCGCCUCGGCGGAGAUUUUCCGGCUGCUGACGGAACGAAGGAGCAGCGAGGCGGAGGUGCUGAAGGAGCUGGUUACCGAGCGGCUCUCUGCCGCCGUGGAGCUCAUCUUCACAGCCUUCCGCCGGAUCCGAGACCAACCCGAACCUGAACCUCACGACGCAGAGUUCUGCCUGUCGGUCGGCAUCACAAACGAAAGCCAAACACAGCAGAAACUUGCUGCAGAUGAAUCACAGAAUGAACCACCGGAGGGUGUGUGUGAUUCAGAUCUCUGGCCCUCCUCUGCGGACGGUCCCGUCGGUGACAGUGAAGGUGGGAACGGCAUCAAAGCUGCAAGCCGCCAUUGCUGCGGAGUGUGUGGAAAGUGCUUCGACAGAAAAGGCUUCUUACUGAAGCACGUGGAGAAGCAUUUGAAGGAGUCGGACCAUGUGUGUGGGUUUUGUGGUGAACAUUUGGAUUCUGUUGACAGUCUGAAGACCCACCUUCAAAGCCACAGAGAGAGCAGCCGCACCUGCAGUGUGUGCGGCAAAAAGUUUCCCUCCAUUCGUGCCCAGGAGACACACCUGAGGCUUCACACUGGAGAAAAACCUUUCAGCUGCCACGUGUGCGGCAAAAGCUUCAGCCAGAAAGGAAACAUGGUGACACACAUGAGGAUCCACACGUCGGAGAAACCGUUUGAGUGCACUGUGUGCCACAAGGACUUCAGCCACACCGCAUCCUUAGAGCGACACAUGAGGGCUCAUGGUAGCCACAGCGCCUUCAGCUGCACCGACUGCGGGAAAAGCUUCGCCAAGAGUGCCGAGGUGAAGCGACACAUCCAGAUCCACAGUCCCAAGUCCAAAGACAAACCAGUCCUCAAGCAAAGAUCCAAGACUGUGAGUCUGACACCCUCACACUGCUGCAAGGUGUGUGGAAGUGCCUUUCACAAUAAAGGCAACUUUGUCCGACACGUGGAGACUCAUGUGAAUGAUCUAGAACAUCGCUGCGGCGUCUGUGGCGAGCAGUCUGAAUCCGUUGACAGUCUACACAUCCACAUCCAGAACCACAGAGAAAUAAGCCACGUGUGUGACAUCUGUGGCGUCAGUUUUCGUGACAUGGAGAUCCACAUGAGGACGCAUUCUGGCCAGAAACCGUUCAGCUGCAAAGACUGCGGCAAACACUUCCCCAGAAAAGGCUCACUGGAGAGACACGAGAAGCUCCAUGCCGACGAGAGGCCAUUUAUUUGUGAAUUCUGCGGCAAAACAUUUGUUGAAAACGCUGUCCUGAAAAGACACAUCAAGAACCACUUGGGCGGGAAAUCACGGAUUUAUUCCUGCGACGUGUGCAGCAAGACGUUCACCAUGAGCCAACAUCUGGACGUCCACAAGAGGAUCCACACAGGAGAGAAACCGUACACCUGCAAGGAAUGCGGCAAGAACUUUCGUCAGAUCGGAAACCUGGAUUCUCACAUGAGGAUCCACACUGGAGAGAAACCGUUCAUCUGCAGCCUGUGCGGGAAACGAUUCCGCCAGAAGAUCUCAUUGGAGACUCAUGAGAGGUUCCACAAGAAGGAGAAGCUGUUCAGCUGCCAGUUGUGUGAGAAAGGCUUUGUGCAGAAGAUCGACCUGAAGAGACACAUGCUGACGCACACGGGCGAGAAACCGUACCGCUGCAGCAUGUGCGGGAAAAGCUACCAGGAGAAACGAUCGUUGGACUCGCACAAGAAGGUGCACAGCAGAGAGACUGCUGCCAAAGAUCAGAAUUCAAACGCCCCAGGAAACGACUGCGUCCAGCCAAACCUCAUCAGCCUAUAACUUCUAUGGGAUAGAACAUUUAGUAACAUAAGCCCCGCCCCUUUCAUCUGUUCUACAAUAAAAACUGAGCAAUUAAA